AUGAUGCGAUAUCCUGGAGGCGACCUAGCAAUCCUCGGUGUCGAGACCUAUCCCGACCCCCUCGUCCAGGCACCCGCUCGAUCUCGAUCAACUCGUCAAUCACACCCGAACAUUGCCAUUCAACGAUCUGAAGAGGGCGGUCCGCGGAAACGUCAAAGACUACAAGGGGCCGAUGUAGGAACGCACGAGAAGGAUGAAACUAAGCGGGCCAGAGGACGUCCACGGCUGGACGUCAGUGAUGAGACCGCUGCUGACAUACGUCUAGCACAACGAGCAUACCGGAAUCGCAAGGAGACAGCAAUACAAACAUUGGAGAAGCAAGUCGAGAAUCUACAAAAGGUCAACAAGGAGAUGAACCAUGCUUUCAUGAAAUUCCACGACUUUGCCGUGGCCAAUGGUUUACUAGACAGCUCUUCGGAAUUAGGCAGACAACUUCUUGCUACCAAGGAAAGGUUCAUCACCAUCAUACAAGCUGGCGGUGACGACCUUGACGCAAAUGACGACCUUGACGCAAAUGACGACCUUGACGCAAAUGACGACCAUGAAGGAAGACGACGAGGAAGUACGAGUACAACUGACUCUAUUGGAAGUGAUCGCAGACGAAAGGGAACUACACAACCAAAGAGCCAAACAAAUUCCCCAAAAUAUAUUGUGACACCGUCGACUACGGAGUCGCCGGAACCACCACCACAGCUUUACCCAGGUCUGACCGUCACUCACGAGCCACUCUCGCAAAGCUACUUGACCCCUUCCCAGGACCCGGACUUGAGUCUCUCCAUACCAACCACCAGCCAGACCACUGAGUUUCAUUCAACCGCCACCAGCGCCCCUGCAUCUCUCCCCAAGUCCUUCGACUUUACUACCAUAGACUUCAACCUCGACUUCCUCUCCACGCCUCAACCACAACCUCCACAAAUUCCCUCUCCCUCUCCCUACUCCUCCCUCCUCGCCCCCUUCUCCUAUGCCUCCCACGAAAUUACCUUCGGUCGCCGCUACCAGCGCUUCGCCAUCGAGCGCGCCCACAUGCUCGUCACCAUGCCCAACCCGCCCAUUGACAAGCUCAGCAAAGCCUUCGGCUUCUGCCUCCUCUUCGAAUCACCCGACAUGAUCUUCCAGCGAACCCUCAGAGCCAUCGCCAGAAGCGCCGGAGAGAGCCUCUACAACUGGCAGUACCCCUUUUACCACCUCGGCGGGGCCGGGACGCAUUUACAAACCCCUGGAGGAACGCUAAACAGUGCCCUCACUUUUCACGCAGGCAUGAAGAUGUCCUUAAACCUGCAGACGGUCCCGGUCGGCAACCAAGGGACUAUCGACAUACUUAAGCCACAACCCGAGCUCACGGCGGGAUUCGGCAUGGGCCCGUUCUUGCCGAAUGUUAAUGAUGCGAGGGAUAAGUGGCUGGAUAAGGAGACUAUGGAGAUGUUGAUGCCGGGUUUUGACGGGACGUAUUACGAUUGCGACGAGGUGGAGUAUUACUUUCAUCAGAGAGGGGUGAAGAUCCCCCCGGGGGCAGAUACGUAUACGGUGGAGAUUUAUCCAGCGCAGUUUGGUGCUGGUGGUAUUCAAGGAGGAGGAGCGGGACAUGGAGGAUCAGGAUCGUUGGAAGACCUAGACCUUGCCUGCUUGGAUUCGGUUGUUCAGAACUGCAUCCCAGGCGAAGAAGGAUCACCGCCUUCUUCGAUGCACUACAGUUCGAACUCGAUUGUUAGCGAUGAUUUCCCACAAUACCAACAACAACAACAACAACAAAACACCACCAACAACAACAACAACAACAAGCCAACAACAACAACAACAACAACAAACAACAACAACAACAACAACAACACUGGACUGCAACCUCUCUUGACAACAACAACAACAACAACAAAAACAACAACAACAACAACAACAACACUGGACUGCAACCUCUCUUGA